CAGCACGUCGACCAAGCCCACACACCCCGCCAGAGUCCAGCGUCCCUGCUCCAUGCUCAUUGCGCGCCGCGGGCUGCCAUUUUGUCGCCUCAAUGAGUUCCAACCAUGAGGGCACCGCGUCGCCCGCGCCCGCAGCGCCGCCCGCCCGCCCUGCGAAGGCCCCCGAGAAGGAGCCUCGGCUGGACGCUGGAAACAAACACCACGACCACUACGCUCGACGGUUGCCGCCAUGGCGCCAUGCGAUGCGCAACUACCUGCUCCCCAUCGUGCGCUGGGAGACGCCCUGGCUCGCCCUGAUGCAGGACAAGCUGCGCUCGCCCGCGCUCGACUCGUACUUCGCCGUGACCGCCAAUCUGGGGACGCACACCUUCUACAUGAUCUUCCUGCCCAUCUUGUACUGGUGCGGAUAUACCAAUAUCGGUAGAGCGAUGGUCCACAUGCUGGCAGCAGGCAUCUUCUUCACCGGCUUCAUCAAGGACAUGCUGUGCCUUCCUCGCCCACUGUCGCCUCCGCUUGCACGCAUUACCAUGUCGGGAUCGGCCGCCCUCGAGUACGGCUUUCCAUCGUCGCACUCGAGCAACGCCGUCUCCGUAGCCUUUUAUGCCCUCUACAAGUUCCACAGCGCACGUGAAGACUACAACCCAAACGUGUUCUUGGCGCUCCAAUUACUCUGCUACUGGUUCGCCAUUUCCAUUGUGUUUGGCAGGUUAUACUGCGGCAUGCAUGGCUUCCUCGAUGUCGUUGUUGGCAGCGUGUUUGGCGGCGUUAUAGCCGUCGCCCAACUGAUCAUCGAGCACAGCUUCGACGACUGGCUCUUCGUAACAAGUCCAGUGCCGCCUUUGAUCAUCACCCUGGUCAUUUUUGUCCUUGUUCGGAUUCAUCCCGAACCAGCAGACGAUUGUCCUUGUUUUGACGACACUGUAUCGUUUGUCUCAGUUGUCAUAGGCAUCAACGUGGGUGCGUGGCACUACGCAAUGACCGGCUUGGCCAUCGAUGACCCUAUUCCUUCCACGAAUCCAUUCCGAUUGGAGACUGUUGGCUUGCCGCGGGCCACGCUUCGAAUUUUACUGGGUGUAGUGGUCAUCUUCCUGUGGCGUGCCGCCAUGAAACCAACCCUAUUGAAUGUUCUACCGCCUAUAUUCCGUUUGCUGGAGCAGCUCAGGCUUAAUUUGCCACGAGCCUUCUUCCUCAACGCUUCGAAAUACACCAGUAUCCCAACACUGCGAGGCGAUGACAAUGUCAUUCCUCCGGCCUCAGAACUCCCCAACAUGCUCAAGAACCUGGCCCACCCUCGCAAACGCUCGGUAUCAGUAGGACCGCAGUCUGCGGCUGAUGCCUAUGAAACCCUCGCCUAUCGCAAUAGACGGCGCAGGGAAAGCAUCAACUCUCUUGACGGCGCCAUCCAAGAAGACGCUGCGUUCGCCCCCGUAGAGAAGAAGCCUUCGCUCCGAAACCUCAGAUCAUCUUCUCGACAGCGCGAGAAGAACACAAUGGGCGCCAAUUUGCUGCCCACACCAGCAGCAUCAAGAGUGCACUCUUACGAGCAGAUGAUGGGCACAGGGCACGUCGAGGGCAUCGACAUCACGCCGCCCGAUAGCGAGACGGAGCUCGCGACGCAAUCACCCGCCGAGGCAGAAAGUGAGAAGCGCGAAAUUUUCAUGCAGUUGAUGAAGCCGCGUGUCAGGUACGAUGUCGAGGUUGUUACGAAGCUGAUUAUCUACUCGGGUAUCGGGUAUGUCGCUGUCUGCGCAAACCCUAUUCUCUUCGAAUUCGUCGGUCUGGGUACAGGUAUCCGGACAGGUUCAAUCUAAGUAUUUAAAAGUGCAUUGCACACAGCCCAUUCUUGUGCAAAGAUGUGCGGGAGUAAUUUCUGGUAGCGUUUGAUAGCAUGGAUGAGAUACCCUUUCUGAAGUCCACAUUUCGUCUCGGUGCUUGUGACACAAUGCCACAUCACGAAACGAGGUUUCGCAUUCAGCCUACAGUGGUACAUAUCGAGACCAAUGUCAAAUUAGAUCUGCCAGCACACGACGUCGCAGCCUGAGUCCCGUUUUCGCCGACUGGCCCGGUGACACGGG